UAAUAUUUGUCGGCGCAGGGCUCUGGUGGAAAACGGUCGAAAAAAGAACAACCAAUAAAUAUGUGCGGAAGUAAAAAAAUAUCUUGAAUUUUUUUUAUAAAUUUUUUCGUGUAUUUUUCAUAAAAUUAUUUAUGAAAUACUAAUAAACGUGCACAAAAUUUCCCUAUAAAACAUAUCAAAAUAAAUUAAGAUUUAGAAAAGCACAAAAUUAAAAGAAUAAAGCAAAAAAUAUGUACGAAAUGAAAAAGGUGACAGCGACAAGUGACCUUAAGUGAGAGAAGAAAAAUAAAGAAAUAAAAUAGAAAUACAAAAUUUGUGUUUCCAUUCAGAAAAAAAGCAAGAAACGCAGAAGAAGUGAAAAUAUAAAUAAAUAUUUUUUUUUGAUUUGAAGAAAAUAUUAAAAAGUUUAAAGGCACACAAAUUUUGAGGAAAAAAAGAAAAAUUGAAGUUGCAAAAGAAAAGAAUUUUGUUGUGUAAUUUUAUUAAAUUUUUUAGUUUUUAUUUUGGGAGAAAUGGGUGGUUGUAUGGGACGUUAUAGUGGUGAUAAUGAAACUGUAAGUGUAUCAUCAGCCAGUGUGUCCAGACCGCCGACAGCGGGACCCCAAGUGGGACCAGCACGCAAAAAUCGUCCUUUGUGCCAUGAAACAAUACGCUGGCGUUCAGAUGUUCCUUUAACAGAGGGCCAAUUGCGUUCCAAACGUGAUGAGUUUUGGGAUACAGCACCUGCCUUCGAUGGCCGCAAAGAAAUCUGGGAUGCCCUGAGGGCAGCCACCACAGCGGCCGAGGCAUUAGAUUUUCAAUUGGCUCAAGCCAUAUUGGAUGGUGCAAAUAUUUCAGUGCCGAAUGGUUACCUAACAGAAUGUUAUGAUGAAUUGGGUACACAAUACAAAGUACCCAUCUAUUGUCUAUCAUAUCCCAUAAAUAUUGUAAAAGAAGAAAAUGGUCGUGAUUCACCUGCCGAAUUUUCAGAACCUGUUGAUGGAGGUACAGAAAUAUUCUUAAAAUUAAGAAUAUCAUCCAUAAUGACAGAUGUCAAAUUACCGGUAUAUUCCAAAGAUACAGUGGGACAAUGUAAAAAGAAAUUACAGGCUAUGGAAGGUGUUGAUGCCUGCUGUCAGAGAUGGUUUUAUAGCGGUAAACUGUUGGGCGAUAAAGUACCCAUUGAAGAGUGUAAUAUACAAAAUGGUUAUGUUGUACAAGUUAUUGUAAACACAGAGCAUUACAACCAUGACAAUAGCACGAGUAUUGCCAUUCCAAGCUAGCCAAUGUCAACCUCAAAUAAAUACCAAUGUAACCACAAAUACAACAACUACUACAACAACAACUACUUUGGUUCUGGCAACGAAAUUAAACAGAAAAAUUACUACUGCAACCAUAUAAGCAACAAGAACAGAAUAAACUGCUAUGACAAAUGCAGUAUUUUAACAAAUUUAAGUACUACUUAUAAAAAUAUUAAUAAUAAUAAUAUUAAUUGUAAUUACUUAAAACUAAAUUUAAAUAAUUGUCAACACAAAAAUAAUGUUGACAAUUGUGAACAAAAACGCUGUCACUUAGAACAAAAUUCGUAUAAAGAAAAAGCAUUUGUUGUUACCAAAACUAAUGCUGCUGUUGCUGCUGCUACUACUACUACUACUGCUGCUGCUUGGUAUGGUAAGAAGUUUAAUUUUAGAAACUAUUGU